CUCUCUGCACGUGCGUUUGGAAGUGCUCCUCCUCGGAAUUGGAAUCGGAAUCGAAGUCGUAGUCCGUGCUGCCACGUUUUGAACGAACCAUCGAUCGAUCGAAGAAGUAAACACUGCGCGCCGGCUGGAUUCGGUUAUUUUCGGUGCUGGAUAUUUAUUUUCGAAACAGGCCCCCUUUAGGCAAGUGCUCGAAGUGUGCAAGAUACAAGACUGCAAGUAUCUAUAAUCUAAAGCCAACAAAAUACAGCAAGAUCGAAAACAAUAUAAAGAGUAAAACAAACAGAACAUUUAUUUUAAAGAUACAAAUACCAGCAAAUGUAUCUCAGAUACAACAGAUACAGAAUGUUUUAAAACGGUUGAAAACGAAGCCUCUGAUAUAUAAAGUAUUUAAAAAUAUUUAUGCAACUAACGGAUAGUAAAUUUAUCUAAAAGGUUAAUAUAUUAAAUUCAACUAAUUACAGUCUAUCUGUGUAACCCAAAAGCACAAAAGCCCGUAAGUGCAUCUGAAAGAUACAAAGCACAACAACAGCCCCACCUAGCAUAGGAAACCCAUCCUAGGCUGAUCAACGUACUGGAACACAAUUAAUUAGCUCGAAAAAGCGUUUUGCAGUGCGAGAAAGCGGAACAUCGGGGAAAAUCGACCAAUUUAAGCAUAAAAGAAAACAAAAUGCAAAAGCAAAUGGCAAAUGCCAGUGUGUAAUCGCCAAUAAAGUGCCCUUCAGUGCUAACCAAUUUGUUGUGCCUUGACUUGACUUGUGUCGUACAAAAGUACUUUUGGGGAAUCUUAAGUGGAAUCCACCGGAAUCCACACAGUACUUGUACUUACAGUGCUUGGUUUACGAGUUCCGCCGCAGCUGAUAAUAAUUAUUAUUACUUGUGAGUCGCGUUUUCCGAUUUCGAAUUUAGCCUGGUAAAUAUUUACUAAUGAGCGCGAGAGUGUGUGCCUCGUUUUGGUGAAAAGUGAAUAAAUUACAGGGAAUUUCUUCGGCAAAACUAACUGAUUCAGGCUGCCAGCCAGUUGGAUUUUUAUUUCUUGUGUUUUGAUAGCUUUAAGCAAGGCGCCUGCUCCACUUAAAUAGCCAGUAACGGAAGUCCCGAUUUUCCUUUGCCCACAGAGAGCGCGCCGACGAAGGGACCUAUAUACACAAUUAGCCACAGUGGAUGGGUCCGCUGAAUCCGUUUCCUAGAAGUUCCGACCCGCACGCGGAAACCGCAGAGGCAGAGGCAGCAGGACUUGGCGAAAUCUUCCCCAGGCAAGGACCUACACACCCGACAAACAAACACAGGCCGCCACAAUCCAAAUGUCGGACACCAUCUCCUUCGAGCUGGGCUCCGCCGCCGACCGGCCCCCGAACAGGUUCCAAGUGAAUCCGGUUAAUGGCAACAGUCGCAAGACGCAGGACGGGUUUGGACCCGCACCCGGAUCCGGAUCCGGCUCUGGAGACAGGGGCGCCGGAGACGACAAUGGGCCGCACGAGGUCUACCGCCGACUCACAAAUGCCGAGGGCGAGCUGCUCGAGGACGACACAUUUGAUGCGACACAAAUGCUUAACCAGCACCAGCCCAGGCAGCAGAGGCAAUCCAUCAAGAGCAGCUUCCGCGACAAGGAUAAGCCGUCAAGGUUCAAGGAUCUACAGACGACAACCCGCUUCCAGGUGGACCCGCAAAAUGAGGAGUCCGACGAGUCCAACGACUCGCAGGAGGAGCGCGAGCUGCUGGACAACGAGUAUGACACAAAAUAUGGUAAAAGUUUCCGGCAUUUCACGCGGGAGGCGUUACCCCGCCUUGACAACUACCGCAACAUGAUGUCCAUCCAAGCGGCCUACCGUCCAACGCUCGACGAGCUGCACAAUGCCACGUUGGUGGGCAAGAAUACGCACAGCUUGACGCGCAAUCAGGACCCAGAGUCGGGCAUCAUGAAUGGCAUCUUGAAAUUCGGCUGGAUCAAAGGUGUGCUCAUCCGCUGCCUGCUAAACAUCUGGGGCGUGAUGCUGUUCCUUCGGCUCAGCUGGGUGGUGGGUCAGGCGGGCGUCAUCGAGGGCUUCGUAUUAAUACUGACAACGACCGCUGUCACUACCAUCACAGCCUUGUCGAUGUCGGCGAUAAGCACUAAUGGUGUCAUCAAAGGAGGUGGCACCUACUACAUGAUAUCCCGGUCGCUGGGCCCGGAAUUUGGUGGCUCCAUCGGUCUGAUUUUCUCGCUGGCGAACGCUGUGGCCUGUGCCAUGUAUGUGGUGGGCUUUUGCGAGUCGAUGCUGGCCAUGAUGACGGCCUUUGAAUGGUCGAUCGUUGAUGGCGGCGUCCAGGACGUGCGCAUUAUCGGUUGCGUAACCAUCCUACUGCUCCUGAUUAUAGUCGUCGUCGGCAUGGAGUGGGAGGCCAAGGCGCAAAUCGGAUUACUAAUCAUCCUGCUGGUGGCCAUUGCCGACUUUGUCAUUGGCAGCUUUAUCGGGCCAAAGAGUGAUCUGGAACUGGCCAAGGGAUUUCUGGGCUACAACGCCACUACAUUUAAAAAUAAUCUAUUUGCGGACUAUCGUCCGGAAAAGGGCGGCAUCCAGCAUGAUUUCUUCUCAGUAUUUGCCAUUUUCUUCCCAGCGGCCACGGGUAUUUUGGCAGGAGCCAAUAUCUCCGGUGAUUUAAAGGACCCCCAAAAAUCCAUUCCAAAAGGCACAAUCCUUGCUAUCAUCAUCACCACAGGCACCUAUUUAAUUAUGGUCCUGCAAUGCGGUGCCACAGUGGCUCGCGAUGCCACUGGAAAUCUGACGGAUGUUGUCAAUGGCUCAUUUGCAUUCCUUAACUGCCAGCCUGGUGAAUGCGCCUUUGGGCUACAAAACUCCUUUCAGGUUAUUGAACUGGUCUCUGGCUUUGGUCCCCUGAUUUAUGCUGGCUGCUUUGCUGCCACUUUGUCCUCGGCCCUGGCCAGUUUGGUUUCAGCUCCCAAAGUAUUUCAGGCUUUGUGUAAGGACGAGCUGUAUCCAAAGAUUGUUUGGUUUGCCAAGGGCUAUGGCAAGAACAAUGAGCCAGUUCGUGGUUAUGUGCUGACCUUUAUUAUUGCUUCGGCCUUCAUUUUGAUCGGCGAACUGAACCUGAUAGCCCCGCUCAUCUCGAACUUCUUCCUGGCCGCUUACAUGUUGAUCAACUUCAGUACCUUCCAUGCCAGCCUGGCCAAGCCGGUGGGCUGGCGUCCGACCUUUAAGUAUUACAACAUGUGGCUGAGUCUGCUGGGCGCCGCUCUUUGCGUGGCGGUCAUGUUCCUGAUCUCGUGGGCCACCGCCCUGAUCACCUUUGCCGUGGUGCUGGCGCUGUACUUAAUCGUGGCCUACAGGAAGCCGGACGUCAACUGGGGAUCCACCACGCAGGCGCAGACCUACAAAAACGCGCUGAUGUCAGUGCAGCAGCUGAAUAAUGUGGAGGAACACGUGAAGAACUACCGACCACAGAUCCUGGUCCUAUCGGGCCUGCCCAACACCAGGCCUGUUCUCGUGGAUCUGGCCUACAUGCUCACAAAGAACCUAUCGCUGCUGGUGUGUGGCCACGUGCUCCGGGGCUCCAGCUCCCAGAAGUACCGAACAUAUCUGCAGGAGCGGGCGGCCAACUGGUUCCGCAAGCACCGUGUGAAGGGCUUCUACGCGUUGGUGGAUGGCGAGGACUUUGAGUCGGGCACUAGGGCCUUGAUGCAGGCCUCCGGCAUCGGAAAGCUCAAGCCGAACAUCAUCCUGAUGGGCUACAAGACUGACUGGCAGACGUGCGAGCACAAGGAGCUGGAGCAAUAUUUCAAUGUGAUGCACAAGGCCCUGGACAUGUACCUGUCGGUGGCCAUUCUCCGGGUUCCGCAGGGCUUGGACUGCUCCCAGCUGCUGGGCUCUCAGGAUGGCUGGAAGACGGUGGCCGAUGUCCCAAGAACCCUGCAGCCGAACGAGAGUUCAGGUGACCUGCAGGCGGUGGACAGUAGUGCCCGCAACGGUUUAGGAGGCAGCAUUGACUCUCUGAGUCGCAAUGUCUCGCAAGAGGACCGCAACCGCAACGAGCUGCUCCACAGCGAGCAGAACAGCCUCAAGAUAGUCAAAUCCUCCAGCACAAGCGACCUGUCGUUCAUUGCGGGCAAUCAGUCGAAGGAUGUGUCCGGAAUGCCCGAUCCUCUGGACGCCAAAUCAGCUAAUCUGGUGACCAACUCGCUGCGCAAGUCCAAGCUGAAGCACGACGAUCCCGCCUCCCUGUACAAGGGUCCUGGCGGCGCCGAGUUGCCCAAGGAAGUCCUCUCGGACCUCACCCAGUUCACGCGAAAGCGCAGCCAUGCCGUUAUCGAUGUCUGGUGGCUGUACGAUGACGGAGGCCUCACCCUCCUGCUGCCUUAUAUCAUCAGCACUCGACGCACCUGGCAGUCCUGCAAAUUGAGGGUUUAUGCUUUGGCCAACAAAAAGGCAGAGCUGGAGUUCGAGCAGCGUUCGAUGGCCAGUUUGCUGUCCAAAUUCAGGAUAGAUUACUCCGACCUGACGCUUAUACCGGACAUAACAAAGAAGCCGCUGGAAACGUCCACGCAGUUCUUUAACGAGCUGAUCAAGGACUUUGUGGUGGCGGACAAGGAGAACGAGAAUGGCAACAGCAGCAGGGCGACCCUGAACGAGGAUGAUGCUCUGAUUACCGACGAUGAUCUGCUGGCAGUACAGGACAAGACGAAUCGCUACCUACGCCUGCGGGAAUACCUGCGGGAACAGUCAACCAAGUCCGACCUGGUCGUGAUGACCCUUCCCAUGCCCCGCAAGAACAUCGUCUCUGCGCCUCUGUACAUGGCCUGGCUGGAGAGCCUCAGUCGGGACAUGCCGCCGUUCCUGUUUGUGCGCGGCAACCAGACGAGCGUGCUGACCUUCUACUCGUAGGAUCGGAUGGGAUCUAUUGUAUUUUACUUACUUAUACUACACCUACCGACACUCACACUCACCACGCUAUUGUUGGGCGUACGAGUAUCUUAUCUCCUAGAAGUACCACCCAUGUACAUACGUUAAGGGACACCGUCGACACACGGAACGCACAGAGGCACUGGCAGCGCAGAGGCACUGGCAGCGCAGAGGAAUCAGGAAAGGAUUUGGAAUUGGAGUAUCAUCUAAGUCCGCCUCUGCGUUGUCAAUAUAAACAUUGUCCUUGCAAUCGAGUUUAAAUCGUAUUUAAAUACAGUGCAAAUAAUUUUUAAA